AUGUCGCUUUCUGCAGCAGCUAGAGAUAUUUCAGAGUCAGACUUCCAAGAUAUAGGACCGGCUCCCAAACCGCCUCCGAUGGCGUUCAAUCAGACGAAGCCUUUGGUGGACUAUAUGAGUCAGCUUGAUAUUAAUGGUGGGAAGCAUAGUAGCGGGGUUGCAGUUAACCAGCAGAAGAUUCGGCCUAUCCAGAGGAAGAAAUCUGGGUGGGUAUCGUAUAAGGAUGAUGGGUUACUGUCUUUUUUAUGGCAGAAGCGGUAUAUGGUAUUGAAUGACAAUUACUUGUCGUUGUACAAGGGGGAAUCUGGUAAGGAGGAUGCGGUGUUGCAGAUUUCAUUGACGUCGAUCGUUAGUGUUUCUAGGAAUCAGCUGAAACAGAACUGUUUUGAGGUUGUACGUUCGAGCGAGCGGUCAGUCAACUCAUCGACCCCGAGUAGUCCAGAUUCCUCUUCGAAGAAAUCUGUGUUCAUUGCUACUAAAACUGAGUUGGAUCUUCAUAAUUGGCUAGAUUCGAUUUUUGCUAAGUGCCCGCUGUUGAGCGGUGUGUCUUCUCCGACCAAUUUUACACAUAAGGUUCAUGUUGGCUUCGAUCCCGAGACUGGCUCGUUCGUUGGAAUGCCUUUCAAUUGGGAGAAGCUCUUGAAGCAUUCGAGAAUCACUGGUGAGGAUUGGAAUAACAAUUCUGCAGCUGUUAUUCAAGUUUUACAGUUUUAUCAAGAGUACAACAAUGGAACGAAUGCAGCCCCCCCAUCGUUGCCACCUGGCGUACAAGCACCACUAACGCCUGUUCUUGCGAAAUCAUCUAGUUCGCAGACGUUGGUGAAUUCAGUUCCCUCUGUCAACUAUCGUGGUGGAGACAUGGUUCCUCAAAGAAAGGCUCCAACACCACCAAAGCAAAUGGUGGUUGCAUCCAUCCCCAACAGUGGAAAGAAUUAUAAUAAUUUUAGUUCACCAUCUGUCAGUGGUGGUGCAACUGUCAUCCAUCCAAACGUUCAAAUUACCAGACAAAGUUCACCUAAACCUCCAAAGUCAAAUAUUCCUAAUCCGACUCAUGAUAAUCACGGCUAUCAACAACAAAAAAAACUGCCAGUUGCAGGGCAUCCUGCGGCGUUUUCAAAGGAUUCAGAACAGAGUUCAUCUUCUAAAAAGCUUCCUGCAAAGCCGGCGAAAGAGUCGUUGAUACUUAGGCCGUCGACAUCGAGUACUUCGGUGCCGUUACGAGUACAACCAGCGCGUAAUGCUCCUGGUAGAUCAGCUCAGCAGAUAGCACAAUCUCAGAGUGCAAGUACUGCCGCUGCUGCGAUGGCAUUAAGGGCCCAACAUCAAUCACAUCAAUCACAUCAAUCACAUCAAUCACAGCAGCCACAAAAACAGCCCCUACAACCAAUUCAACCAAACGUGCCUCCUCCACCUGUACGUGAGGCACCUAAGAAGCCUGCUGAUCUUGCACCUGUUGUUCCUCCGGUUGUUAAGAAAAAGAAGGCAGUUAGGCCUAUGAUGUCCCACACUGAGAUUAUGGAAAAAUUGCAAGCUGUCACAUUUAACACCGAUCCUACCCCAUUUUUCCAAAUGAUUGAAAAGGCAGGUCAAGGUGCUAGUGGUUCCGUAUAUCUUGCCCGAAGAUUAAAACUACCACCUUAUGAUGAGAAUCUCGACGAAGAUAAACAGUUAAUUUGUGAAGUGGGCAAUAAGGUUGCCAUAAAGCAGAUGAUUUUAUCCAAGCAACCACGUAAGGAAUUGAUAGUCAAUGAAAUUUUGGUUAUGAAGGAUUCACAACAUAAGAACAUUGUCAACUUUUUAGAAGCAUAUUUGAAAACUGAAGAUGAUCUCUGGGUCGUUAUGGAAUAUAUGGAAGGAGGCUCCUUAACUGAUGUGAUUGAAAAUUCUAUGGGCAAUGAAACUUCAGAAUCUCCAAUGACUGAACCUCAAAUAGCAUACAUUGUUCGCGAAACUUGUCAAGGUUUGAAAUUUUUACACGAUAAGAAUAUUAUUCACAGAGAUAUUAAAUCGGAUAAUGUUUUAUUAGAUACCCAUGGCCGUGUGAAGAUUACAGAUUUCGGAUUUUGUGCUAAGUUAACUGACAAAAGAAGCAAGAGAGCUACAAUGGUCGGAACACCAUACUGGAUGGCGCCAGAAGUUGUAAAACAACGCGAAUAUGACGAAAAAGUGGAUGUGUGGUCAUUGGGUAUUAUGACAAUUGAAAUGUUGGAAGGCGAGCCGCCAUACUUAAAUGAAGAGCCGUUGAAGGCAUUAUAUUUAAUUGCAACUAAUGGAACUCCUAAGUUAAAACGCCCGGAAUCUCUGUCGUUAGAAAUAAAGAGAUUUCUAAGCGUUUGUUUGUGUGUGGAUGUUAGGUAUAGGGCUUCCACAGAGGAGCUUCUACAUCAUUCAUUCUUUGAGACUAGCUGUGAACCGGAGGAGCUUGCUACAUUACUGAAGUGGAAGAAACAGGAUUGA